CUUCAGCACUGCUGCUUCAAACAUUGCUGACAAAGACGCGUGCUCCUCCUGCAGCAGCAGCAGCAGCAGCAGCAGCAGCAGCAGCAGCAGCAGCAGCGGGGCGGGGGUGGGGGCGCACGCUGGGGAGCAGAACGAGCCGCAGCAGCAAACAGCAGCAGCAGCAGCAACUGCAGCAGCAGCAGCAACUGCACCAGCAACAGCAACUGCAGCAGCAACAGCAAGUGCAGCAGCAACAACUGCAGCAGCAGCACCUGCAGCUCCUUGA